AUGAACUUCCGACGGUUCGGUUGGAUUUCGGCUUUCGUUUUGAUUCGACUGGCCAUCGAAGUGGUCGGUUCCUACUACAUGGAAUACAGCACGAGUCCAAAGAAAGCAGUAGUAGCUAUAAAACAAAUACAUGUUUUCGGCGAGUCGAACUACAUGAAGGCCAAAAUAUAUAUCCACGAAGAUCGAUCCCACUUCGAUUUACAUGUCCAGUUGGUCCAUGAGUUGGGAAGUAACCACCUCAUCAUGAAUAUAAAGGUGCGCGUAAAACCGGAAGGAAGCAAUGCCUUUGUGCAACUGUUCGAAUUGCGGCGCAUCAAUUUUUGCGAAUUUCUCAGCGAAUACAACACGAAUCCAAUGAUGGAGAUGAUGUUCAAAAAGAACGUCAAAUUGAACGAUAUUAUUGUGUGCCCAGUUCGAGUAGGAAACUACUCGCUUCUAAAUUCCGACAUAGCCGAAAAUAUCCAUGCAGAUGGAGUCCAGAAUGGCACCUACAGGUUCUUCGCCGAAAUUGUCGAGGAAAUCGGAGAGAUUGCGAAAGUGUUCGCACUCCAAGUCACUUCAGAGGUUUAUAUUGUAGACAAGGAACUGGACUGUAAAGUUCGAGGAAAAGCUUUAGAAUGUUUGGACAAUGAUGCCUAA